CUCUUGCGAGAGAGGUGCAUGCAGCGCCUCCAGCGGCUCGAGCCUGCUCCCACGCCACAACCGGAGCCCCCGCGCCCGGACCGAUCGCCGGCUCCGAUCCCGUCAAAAACGCGGCACGCAGCCCGCCGCGCGCGCGGGCUGCCCUAGCCAUGGGCGCUGCCCCCAGCGCCAGCCAGGCCGCCGCCGACGCGGCCGUCAAGCGCGCCAUUGAGACGCACCAGGCCGCCUGCGCGAGCCCGCCGCGAAGGCUGCGGCAACGGUCGUCCUACGCGCCGGACACGGGUUCGCAGCUCUCGAUCGCGGGCCUCGCGCAGUCGUUUCGGCUGAGCCUCCCGGCGAAGGUGCCCCAGGCGGCCUCGCCGUCGCGAGUUGGGUUGGCGCCCCCUUCGUCGGUCUUCGGCGCCUCGGUCCUCGUUGAUGGAGAGGAGGAGCCGCAAUCGGUGCCCAAGCUCCGGGUGCCUCCACUCAAUUUCAACAGGGUCCCUCGCAAGGGUAGUCUGCGGCUCUCGCGCGGGUCUCGACGAAGUGGUGGUCAGCGGCUCCUAGAAUCGUAUGAGGACGAGGCGGACUGGAUUCAAGUGGACGAGAGCGACCACAACGAGAGCGAGGACGAGUCCGUGUCGUCGGCUAGAGCUUCACUGUUAAGAAGGGGCCGCUUUAGUAAUGGGUCCUUCAAGCGGAGCGUGGAGGUCACUACACAAGACGAGUCCUUCUAUUUCACGCGGUCUGGAGCCAUUCGGUUGGACGGCGUCGCGGACAAAAUACGGGAUUGCGGUUUAGAAAGCACACCAGAAGAGUCGGUCCCGGUGACUGAUAGAGUUGUGGUCUUGGAGAAACUAGGACAAGGAGCGGCUGGCAGAGUGCACAAAGCACUAGACCUCAAGAACUUGAGAUAUGUCGCGAUGAAGGCGAUACCAGUAGUACAGAGGGAUAAAAGACGGCAGAUGGUCCACGAGCUCAAAGCGCUCCAUGGGGCUUUAAGGGAUGACCAAUCUAGCGACAGGCAGCACGUCGUCCAGUUCUACGACGCGUUUGCCAACAUGUCUACUGCUACUGUAUCUCUCAUGGUGGAAUACAUGGACGGAGGGUCCCUGCAGCAGAUUUGCGAUAAUGGGGGGUUGAGCGAUGAACGAGUGUUGGCUUCUCUCUACAAGCAAGCGGCGAAGGGCCUGCGGUACCUCCACUCCACCAAGCACGUGCACCGCGACCUCAAGCCUGCGAACAUGCUCAUCAACCGCAAGGGCGUCCUGAAAUUGUCGGACUUUGGCGUCGUCCGUAAGUUGGAAGAGCGAGAUCAUGUUACCGAAGAAUCGACGCCGGAGAUGCUCGACCCUGGUGUGGCCAGGGUGUCGCUCGACGCGAAGACUUCUCGAUUAUGUCCGGCGCGGUCGUUCGUGGGCACCGUGACGUACAUGUCUCCUGAAAGAAUAGGUGGUCUCGAGUACUCGACGCCGGCGGACGUCUGGAGCUUGGGCUUGUCGUUUCUGAACGUCGCGCUCGGGAAGCUGCCGCUGGAGAAUGAUGACGGGUACUGGUCGCUCCUAAAGUCGAUACGCGACGAGCCGCCGCCCCAAUUGCCGGACCACUACUCGGAAAAGUUCCGAGCUUGCGUCGCGAGAUGUCUGGCGAAGGAUCCUGCGGAACGGCCGACGGCCGACGACGUGGUCAAAGACCCGUUCUGCGGCAUCGACGACGACGAGUCCGUCUGUUCGACGACGGAUUCCGUGAAGCGGAGGUUGCAUCGGAGGAGCGUCGGGGAGCUGGUGGCCACGCUCCAGGCCUCGGCGUGCCACUUGCGACAACUACACGAGCGCGGCGCGUCGUGCGGCGCGCCCUCCGACGCGUCCGCGGCCGACGCCGCGGCCUGGCUCGUGAACGAGGUGGCGCUCGAUACGCUCGCGGACCAAUUGGACUUGCCCCUUGACAAGGUCGAUACGGCCGUUGCGGCUUUUGUGGAUGCGUCCAAAAAUAAUGAAGACGCCGCGGCCGCGACCAAAGCUGCCAUGGACUGCGGCGACGACUCCGACGAUGAAUUAACUUAGCGAUUUAGGACCCUAGCGCCGAUGUCGUCGACGAUCCAGUCGAUCCCUUCCAACAGCCCCGUCCCGCUCUGGGCGCUAC